CGAAGAGCUGUUCAAGAUGUUUCGAACCACAAAAUUACUGAAUAUUUCCCUGUACGGAGAAGUUCACGAAAGACUAGCAAGCAACUUGAGGAAGAGGAGAAGGGAGCCUUACGUGAUGCUAUAUACAACAUGACAAAUGAAACACUGGUUGAAAUUUAUUUGGAUGAAAAGAAAGGUCGCGGCGACAUUAUGGACUAUAACUCAGCUAAACUCCGUGAACAGGAAUACGCCAAGGAUCCUUCAAUUGGGUCGUAUAUGUAUUUCUUCAAGUACAAAAGUAAAAGAUGGUGUGUAGAUGCGACCAAAGAGUCUAUUUAUAAGGGUCGAUUAAUAAAUCACAGUGUUCUGCGACCUAACCUUAGAACGAAGGUGUGUUUUUGUCUGUAG